AUUAAAUUGAAAACAUAAUGCAAUCAAACAAAGGGCAUAAGUUAGAUGAAUUACUCACAUGCUUUAUCUGUCUAUCAAACCUAACGAAUCCUCAUAUAUGUCCAUGUUGCUCGAAAUUAUGCUGUUAUUCUUGUAUUACGAAAUGGUUGACAGAAAAUAGACAGUGUCCACAUUGCAGAUCCUCUUUGAGAAUUUAAUAAUUGGUAAAUUGUAGGUUUUUAGAGGACAUCGUGGCAUAAAAUGAUCCAUGUCCCCUCCAUAAUGCUCAAUUGUAAUAUUAUUGUGUCACAUGUGCACAUCCUAUUUGUUCUGAGUGUGCAAUGUUUUCUGCACAUAAAAUGCAUGAGUUUGAACAUAUUUAAAAGGUUUUCGACUCAAAAAUCAAAGAUGUAAAAACAAAAAUUGAAAAUGUUUAAGAUAAUUUGAAAACUCUGAAGCAUUCAGCAAUAAUGAUCGAUGAAUUGAUGGAUGAAUUGAAUCGCAGCAAAGACGAAAGAGUUCAAGAGAUAUAAGCAUACACAGAAUAACUAUUGUAAAAAUUGGAACAAACACACACAGCAAGAAUGGGCAAUCUAUAAAUGUAAAGAUAAAGAUUAAAUGAAAAGAUUCUAAUAGCAUCUGCUGAAUUGGAUACUAUUUCAUAAUAGAUAAAAGGCUAUUAGAAAAGCAAAACAAUAAUGACAGCAUAAGAACUCUUAUCAAGAAUAGAAUAGGUUGAUGUUGAACCAGAGUAAAUAGGUGGGAUAUCAAUGAACUUCUAAUCAGAAAUAACUCCUCAGUAUGUUUGUGAUAGUUUUGAAUUGAGCAAUUUUAGUCAGAGCGAGGAAAUAGUUUAUUCUGAUCAUCUAAUUACAAAUGGAAUCAAGUGGAGAUUAAAGAUAUAUCCACAUGGCAAUGGGAAUGCCAAAAAUAUUUACAUAUCCAUAUUUUUAGAGAUGGAUUCUAAAUAUUCAGAAAUUAGAAGAUAUGAAUACAAAAUAGAGAUGAUUAAUUAAAAGAGUGGCUAAUCAGUAAUAAGGGAAUUUGCAAGUGAUUUUGAAGGAGGGGAAUGUUGGGGAUACAAUAGAUUCUUUAGAAUCGAUUUAUUAUUGAAAGAUGGAUACUUGGUGAAUGAUAAUUUAUUGUUUAAAUAUUAUGUCAGAGCUCCUAACUAUUACACUCAAUGUUUGGAUAUGCAAAGAUAUAUCAAGCAAUUAGAAUCAUAAGUCAGCAUUUAAUAGACUACCAGAAAAAUUGAAUAGCAAUCCUCCAUUUAAAAGUUGAAGGAGGAGAUAGAAUAAUAUGCAGAGAAAAUAGAAUAAUUAGAAUAAUCACAACCAAGCAAUACUUCUGAAAUUUAGGAAAGUGAAGACGAUCAUCAAUUAUAAUAAUAGGAUGAAGAAAGCAGUUUAUCGAGCAAUCAUUCAGACUAUUAUUUUGAUGGUUAAUUUUAAGAAAUCCCCAUCUCUUAGGAUAGCUUGCCUGUGAGGAGAAAUCUUAUAUAAAAAUUCAAUUAAUCCAGCUUAGUUAACACAUCUUAAAAUCUGAGGAGUCCUUUGUCAGAAUUUAGCGAAAAUUUAUAUUCUUGA